GUGACCCAAAUUGUCAUCAUGCGUCGUAAGGAUCAGCUUGGUUUCCAAACCCGGGGCUCAUUUGCUGCUCGUACACGUCGGUGGAAAUCAAUCAUAUACUGGGCUGCUUAUCUUCUCGCCGUGUUUACUCUCUUUGAAGUCUACUCUUCCCUUGCAGCCCGUCCAGAGCUAUCGCCGUUUUAUUGGCUCAAGCCUCACGAUCAUCCUCACAUUCUUCGACCAGGCCAAUACCGAGGAACCAAUACGCAUGAUCCCAUCUUUGAGGCUCACAAUGAAGACACUGAAGAGGUGGACGAUAUGGGUAACCUCCAUGACCGAAGAAAUGAGCAGUUCUAUCUUGGCGGCACCUUAAAUCUCACCUCGGCUCUCCCUCCUGAUCCUCACCCGAUCCCAUUGAUCUUCGACCCUUAUCCUGCCUACAACACGCGCAAAUGGAAGAAACAACAUUAUGGCCGCUUCACACCUUGUAUGGGUCCGCGGGGCCGUGACCUCGACCGCACGAAGACAGAAGACAUGAUGCUCGUGUACAAGGGCAAGCAGCUCGGCUUUCCAGAGCCAGUCUUCGGAUCUUACGAGGCUAUAGGCCUUGACGGGGAGGUCUGUACGGACCGCUACUCGCGCUAUGGGGCGUAUGGCCACGACGAAGAAAGUGAAGAGGAUAUCCCUGGCUUUGAUCGGCCGCCUAUGGUAAAUUGGCAGGAGGUCGACUGGUAUGAGCUCCAAGCCGAUUGUGUUGCGAGGAACGCAGAACGGUAUCGCUCGAGCAGCGUUUUGAAUGAAACACAAGAGCGGCCUCUCUCGUUUGAACUUAAACAAUCGCCAAGGAAGAGCGUUGGAGAGAACCCCGGGUCGACGACUCAGAAGCGCCACCACGCGCGAUCUGCGGUGCUUGUUCGGGCGUGGAAUAAUAUGUUGUGGACUAAUGAUUUUCGCGAAUAUCUCCGAGCUUUAAUCAUGGAGCUUUCGUUACACUCUGGCGGAGAGUACGAGGUGUUCCUCCUGGUUCACGUGAAGGAUGAUCAGUUGCCUAUCUUCUCUGAUCGGAAGACAAUCGAGGAGCUUCGAGACUCUGUUCCCAUUGAAUUUCGAAAUAUUGCGCUCUUUUUCAACAACAAAUUGCUCGAGGCUUGGUAUCCGAAGAUUGAAGAGCAUAGCCCAAUGUUGCAGCAGCAUCAGCCUAUACAAAUAUUUUCCCAAUUGUACCCUAACUUCGACUAUUACUGGCAACUCGAAAUGGAUGGUCGGCACACAGGGCACAUCUACCACUUCUUCGACAAAGCAAUUUCCUUCGCGAAACAACAACCCCGCAAAUACCUCUGGGAAAGAAAUGCUCAUUUCUACCUUCCAGCUGUCCAUGGUUCAUGGAGAAACUUCACCGAGUUCGUCCAUAACAGUCUCCCAAACUCCGAGAACUCAACAUGGGGCGCGCCCUACGGAACAGGUAUUCGACCCAUGGGGCCGGAGCCUCCAGUCGAACACCCCGACAACGACAGCUUCACAUGGGGCGUCGGCGAGGAAGCAGAUUACAUCACCUUCCUCCCAAUCUUCGACCCCAAAGGAACAAAAUGGACGUUCCCCGACCUAGUCUGGAAUUUCAAAUUCGGGCUCGACACGCCACGCCGCGCCUCCAUUAUCACAAUGGGCCGCUACUCGCGGCGCUUACUGGACCUGAUCCACCACGCACAAGCUACUCGUGGCCUAGGCCUUGCAUCUGAGAUGACGGGCUCUUCGUGGUGCCUCUUCCAUGGGCUGAAGGCCGUUGCCAUCCCGCAGCCUAUUUGGGCAGAUGGUAAGUGGACGCCACUUGAGUUAAACCGCAUCUUCAAUCGGGGGCCGCCGGAGAACAACAAUGGUUUGGAGGAUAGUAUUUGGAACUGGGAUCAUCGGUUCGACCACAUCUUGUACCGGCUCUCAUACAUGUUUACCUCGCACACUGGGGAGGAUCUUUACAGACGCUGGCUUGGUUAUAGGACGGCCGAGAACGAGGGCGGGAGAAAGGCAAGUGCGCCUAUAUACGUCUGUCGCUAUUUUGAUAUCCAGCAAUUACUGACUUCGGUACUAUAG